CGCGGGGAGCGGCACGAUCGAGCAGCAGCUCGAGUACGCCGCGGACGUCGGUUACAGCUGAAGGACCGCGGCGCGGGUAAGCCGGACAUCAUCAUCGCGGAUCUCAACACGACCGCGUCGCUCAUGAAAGCCGCGGCGACCGCGGCCCCGGGGAGCUUCUACCACAAGAACAACCUCCUGUUGUAUUUUGACGAGCCGAACAUGGGUAUCCAUCUCGACCCGAACGUGUUAGGCGUCGUGAGCGUGAUUCAGGCGCACAUGCCGAUCGCCGCCGUGCUCGCAUCGGCGACGCUAGGUCCCUGGGAAGGACUCGAGCAGUGGUGGCGCGGUCCCGACCCGGCGCGGCAGAUCACGAUCUCGCUCGAGCCGUACGACCUCCCGAUGUCUACGCUGCACGUGUGGAACGCGGAGAAGCAGACCGUCAGUCCCGUGAGCCCGCUCGGGAUGUUCAACAACCACGCGGAGUUCCUACGCGUGAUGAAGGACGAUCGUCUCCCGCUGCUCUUGCUGAGACACUUGUCCUGUCGGCAGGGUAACGAUCUCAUGGGGAUCAAAGGUCCGGGCGGGGCCUGGGAUAAGAUCCAGGGCGACGUCAAGUCUUUGCGUAAGACGGUGGAGCCGAUCUUCAAGAACCUGUCCUACGCGGAUUUCACGCGCUUACGCGCGCAAUGGGCGACGGGCGAGGGCGCGCCCACGAAGGUGGACGGCAUCCGUGGCGCGCUGUCCAAGGAGGGCGUCACGAUGGUCGGCUGCAUCGACCCGAGGAAGGUCGCGAUGGACCUCGCGGGCUUCGCAAACCAGGAACAGUGGCAGCAGGACGUGCACAAGAUCAACGCGAAGCUCAAGGAAGCGGAGAGGGGGAUGAAGGAGUCCGCGAAGGCGGAGAAGCGCGCGAAGAAAAAAGACGAAGAAGAGGAGGCGCAGAUGGGCGACGACACCGAGGGACAGAUCGGAUUGAUCACCCUGCGACCGAUGCUCAAGAUUAGCCUCGCGGAGGCGGUAGACGCGGACAUCGACACCCUCAUCAUGCUGUCCAAGGGCAUCGCGUACGCGUGCGGCUCCGGCACGGAGCCGAUGGUGAAGCGUCUGUAUAACCAGGCGUUGCUCACCGUCCCGGACUCGCUGCAAGGUCGCGCGCCGCCGCUCAACGUCCUCGUCGUGGAUUAUUCGUCCAUCUACGGUACGGACUGUCCCGCGGUGGACACGCUCCUCCUGCAGGAAGAUCUCGGUCGCUUGCUCGCCUGGGAGGAUCUCCAGCAGUUCUUAGGUCGUCUCCGUCGCGACGGGACGGCUAUUUUUUACUCCCUGCGCACGCUGCGACGCUCGACGCUCGGGCAGAGCGCGGAGGACGAGGAGAACAAGGCCGAGGAGGACUACCAGAAAGACGUCGAACUCGCGGUUCUCAAGAUGCAAAGCGGUGGCAGGGACACCGCCGCGGAGGUCGCGACGCUCACUAAGCUCGCGGAGGAUAAAGGCCGGUCGCUCGCGGAGACGGGGGCGUUCGUGUUGACGUCCGCGAUGUCGUUCGUGCUGCCCGCGCCUAACGGCCUCCCCGCGGACGCGCCGAAGAUUCACCCGGCGGAGAUGGCUGGCACGGACAAGGAGCUCCUCGCCGCGCUCACGAAGGUGGUCGAAGCGAACACGGAGCUGAUCGAGUCGCUGCUGAAGAAGCGCUCCGAGCAGGUGCUCGCGA